GCCCACCCCCCAUUAACCCUUCUAUUCUCGCAGCCCUCCCAGCCAAACGCCGCAGCCGACUCAGCGUCUCGUCGCCCCGGACCCCGUCGGAUCGCGCCACCAUCCGCCGCAGCCACACGAUGCCGCCCCAGCUGGGCCAGGCCGGGAUGCUGGGCCGCCAUGGGGAGGAGCGUGGGGCCGGAGGAGACGCCGGGAUGGUGAGAAUCAUUUGUGGACACCAGCACUGGAUCGCGGUGGCGUAUGCACAGUUCCUGGUCUGCUAUAGGCUGAAGGAGACGUCGGGGUGGCAGCAGACGUUCUGCAGCCCCCGCCUGGACUGGCUGAUCGAGCGCGUGGCCCUUAACGCCAAAGUGUUGGGCGGCCCCUUGGGAGACCACGACAAGAUGGUGGCGGCCGCGUCCUGCAGCGAAAUCAUCCUGUGGGCGCUGAGAGCAGACGGCUACGACGCCGCCGGCACCUUCCUGCUGCUGGGCUGCAACAACGGCUCCAUCUACUACGUGGAUGUGCAGAAGUUCCCACUGCGCAUGAAGGACAACGACCUGUUGGUGACCGAGCUCUACCGGGACCCCUUCGAGGACGCCGUCACCGCGCUCAGCGUCUACCUCACCCCCAAGAGCAGUGACAGUGGUAACUGGAUCGAGAUCGCGUACGGCACCAGCUCAGGGGUGGUGCGUGUGAUUGUGCAGCACCCCGAGACCGUGGGGUCGGGGCCGCAGCUGUUCCAGACCUUCACGGUGCAUCGCAGCCCCGUCACCAAGAUCAUGUUGUCCGAGAAGCACCUCAUCUCCGUGUGUGCCGACAACAACCACGUCCGGACGUGGACGGUGACGCGGUUCCGGGGCAUGAUCUCCACUCAGCCCGGUUCCACCCCGCUGGCGUCAUUCAAGGUCUUGGCCCUGGAGGACAUGGACGGUCACGGCUGCGCCGCCGGCACCGACAUCGGGCCCUUCGGGGAGCGCGACGACCAGCAGGUCUUCAUCCAGAAGGUGGUUCCCGACUCCUGCCAGGUCUACGUGCGGCUCUCGUCCACCGGCAAGAGGGUCUGUGAGGUUCGGGCAGUGGACGGUUCCGCCAUCACGGCCUUCACGGUCCAUGAGUGUGAGGGGUCUUCGGCGCGUGGGUCGCGCCGCGGACGGCGGCUGCUGACGGGGACACGGCAACGGGAGCCUGCUAGCUCUGGGACCUCAGCACCGCCAUGGAGAUGGGGGGCAGACCCCAAGAGCCGGGGGUCCCGACCCCCCGGGAGCUGCUGCAGCAAUUGGAGCCACUGUGACCUGCUGGGCCCCACAAGCCCCCGCCGCCGCCCCCCCAG